AUGGGUGUUGAUGACCAAAGCGCCGCCGAACGCCUCCGAUCCCGGAAGCCGGUGCCCAAGCCGGUGCCGGCAUACCUGCCCUCGGCCGGUUCGCCGCUGACGGUGCCUCGAGACUUGUAUGAGACCGUUCAAAAGGCACCGCGGGUUCUCAUUGAGGAGUUUGUCUUACCAAUCCGUUCAGGGAAGGCUUGGAAGGCGCCUGCUGGCUCCAUCGUUCGGAUCAGCACCCCUGAGGGCCCCCAAGUCGGUGAUCUCAACAUAUGGAACGCCCACAACCCUCGAGAGCGGUUCUGGGCAAGCCGGACCAAGCAGCUGCACGCCUCCCAUGUAACAACGCACGACAAGCUGUGGUCCUGCUUGCCGUACAUGAGACCGCUGGUCACCAUCAUUGCGGACAGCCUCUCCUGGUACGGAGAGGAUGAGCAUGGGGGCCGCGUGCACGACCUGCUCGGCACUCGUUGUGAUCCCUACAUCAACACGGUGCUCUCCGGCCAGACCUACGAUUUUCACUGCCACUCUAAUCUAACGCGGGCGGUUGUGCCGUUCGGGCUCAACGAGUCUGAUGUUCAUGAUGUUAUCAAUCUGUUUCAGGUCACAGGACUGGAUGAGAAGGGGAGAUAUUUCAUGAACCCUUGUCCAGCCGAGGCUGGGGAUUACAUCGAAUUCCUGGCAGAGCAGGACGUACUUAUGGCACUGAGCACCUGCCCCGGUGGUGAUCUCUCACUUUGGGGAUUCGGCAGUGACAGCGAGAAAGAAAUGAUCAAGUGCUGUCGACCUCUAAAAGUGGAAGUCUUCAGGUUGGAGAAUGAGGAAGUGCUAACCAGUGGCGGAUGGAAGCCGGCUGAAACUUCUCGAUACCAAGGGAAGCACGGUUUCGAGGACUUCUUGCUGGGUUCAGAGAACAACUUCGCAAACGGCAAAAUGGACGAGGUUUUGUUGAAGCAGGUGGGAGCUCGCGGGAAGAGAAGCUCUUUGGCCGGAUCAUCAAACGGGCCCAGCUCGCCUCCGAUCAACUCUCACCUAGGUCAAGAUGGAACUACAGCCCACGAAGAGCUCAUCCAAACGGUGAUAACAUACGUCAAGGAGUACAUGUCUCAUUACGAUCCUUCGCACGACUAUAACCAUAUUCAACGGGUCCAGCGAUUGGCGCUGCUCAUUCUUGAGAAGGAAAGUCAAGCCGAGACAAUUGUCAAAACGCCGUACGACAAGACUAUAUUGACCCUCGGAGCUCUGCUGCAUGAUGUCGGCGACCGCAAAUACCUUCUGCCUGGCCAGGACUCAACCACUCUCGUCAGGGACGUGCUCCUCGAGAGGGGCUGCUCCGCCGAUCUUGCAGACAAGGUCCAGGAUCUCGUCCUGCAUGUGUCAUUCUCCAGCGAGAAGAAAGAUCCCCAGAAGGUUCUCGACAAGAUCGCCUCCAUACCAGAACUAGCUAUUGUUCAGGACGCAGACCGGCUCGAUGCCAUCGGUGCUGUGGGGAUUGCUCGCUGUUUUACAUUUGGCGGCGCAAAGAUGAGUGAGCGCGGUCUGAAUGGCUGCGUCGAGCACUUUGGAGAGAAGCUGGAGCUAUUGGAGGGCAUGAUGAAGACGGAAACUGGUAGACAGCUUGCCAGGGAGCGCACUGAGAGGCUGAAGGUCUUCAGAGGCUGGUGGGAAAAAAGAGAGACGGCAAGUUACACAAAGAACUCCAUCAUCCGAGGCAUUUUCGGACUUGGUAUUUUAUCAGAUGUUAUCCUGACGGAUCCGGUCACGGAACAACAGAGCACAUGCUACAAGCAUACCUUCCCUGUCUCUCGGUAG